AUGGUUAUCAGCUCUACUCAUGUUACCAAUUGCUUUGAGUGGGUUUGUAAUCUCAUGGACAAGACUGAUAUAGAGCACAUGCGGUUAUUUAUCACUAUAUGUUGGUGUCUUUGGAAUAAUAGGAACUCAAUUAUCUUCGAAAAUAAAUCUAGGACUGUGGAGGGGGUUGUUUCUUUUGCGGUGAACUAUGUAUCCGACUAUGAUCAAGCUCAACAGUGCAGCCAACUUCCUGCGGCUCAGGUGCGGACGCGACGAUGGGUUGUGCCAAGUGAGGGUGUCUUUAAAUUGAAUUUCGAUGGCUCCAUUAGAAAGGCCCAAGCCAGUGCUGGUAUUGGGAUUAUUAUUCGGGACUGUCAUGGGGCAGUCAUUGCUUCUAUGGUUGAGCGGAUCCCGUAUUUGGAGGAUGUUGAUUGUGUGCAAGCUAUGGGUGCGAUCAAAGCCCUUCAAUUGGGAUGUGCUUUGGGUUUGGGUCAUAUUCAUCUUGAACGUGAUUCUCAAAAUGUGGUGACUGCAAUCCAAGGCAAGGAGGAUAAUUUAUCUUUGUAA